GUGAGGCUGUCGCGAACUGUGACAUGAUGAGAGGGGCUGUGUGAACGAGGCUGAUGAUGAAGGUCAUGACGAAGAGAAGCAUGCAAACCUGCAACGUGGAUGAACGUGAUCCUCUCAGAAAUCGACUCACCUUGCUGCAAAGUUCAGGACCCAAGAGCUCAUACAAGAGUCGAUCAGGUCGAAGGAUGAGGUUCAUUAGCUUGACUCUGUGUCGUCGAGUCAACAAGGAGAAAGCAAGUCAAGAAGCAACCUGCUCGGAGGAGGCAGGAAAGGGUUAGCGUUGGGAGCCUCACGGCCCUCGCCAGCAGGGAAACGAUCGGCUAGCUCCUGCGGCAUCAGCUCAAUUUCUAGCUCUACGAAGCAAUCGCAGCCUCCUGCAAGAUGAAUCAGACCAAGGAGAUGAGAUUAAGCGAAGUGACCGGUAGAGUGACACCGUAGCUUCAAGUUCGAAGUAGGAUUUGGCGAAACUGGCAAGUCCCCGGUCGUGACAGACCAGAUGUAUCGAGCAAGAGCGGCUGCAAGGAUUAAAAGUUCUUAGAGAGCGCAAAUAGAACUUUUUUGAUUGAAUGUCUCACCAAGAGA